AUGAAAGUUGACACAGAAGAGGUUAAGAGGCACUUGGACAUCUUGGGGUACACGCAUAUAGAGCCCAAUCUACUAGAUGAGUUCGUUAAAGAUUUGAGAAAGCUUAUCGAAUAUGACCAAAAACACAACAACCUUAGUACGCUUUCAUCAUCAAUAAAUAGAGACUGGGAUCAAAGUUACUCCGAGAGGCUGAAAACAAGUACUUUAAACAAAAACAACAGCAAUUCAAAUCAAAUUUUGAGCACAAAUAAACAAGAAUUUGAUCAAAGAAAAAAUAAAAAACAUCAAAAUUGCACUUAUCGAACUUCAAAAAUGAUAGAUCAACAUAAUAACACUUUCAGGAAAAGAACUUCAACAAAUGAAUCAGAAAUAACACAAUCAAAGUGUUAUUUUUGUGGGAGUAGUUCUAUAGAAAAUCAAGCAAAAGAAAAAAUGAAAUUCAAUUCAAACCCGUCAACUACAAUUUACAUUAAUGCAACAUUUAAUAUUGAACUAUGAAAACUAAACAGCCAAAAACAUUCAAGAAUUCAUGUUAUUACUCAUUGUAAAAUGAAAACUAAAAACUUGAUUUUUUGUUAAUUUAACAUUAUGCA